UUAAUUUCUGUCUCAUUCUAGGCAUAGCUAAAGUCUAUCAUGAGCUUAAUUAUGACCUUCUGGCAGCUUUUUAUGAACUAAUUUCAUCAAUUUGCCAAUUACAUGCAUUCCAAAAUUUGUGCUUUCUUGUCAUUGUAUAUUUAGAUCUGGUGAUGGUUAAUUAGUUUCUAAUAAGCAUAUAUGCACUACCAAUAUUGUAGAAGGUGGUGCCAAUUAACCCUUGUGUUCACCAAUGCUUUAAUUAAAGCUGAUCAAGUAUUUAUGAGAUAUACUACUCGAUCCUUGCUCAUGAUCGAGGCUAGGUCAUCCAUCCAUGGCUUCAUCAACCAAGUUUUUCUAUGUUCUGGUUGCGGUUUGUGCCAUCAUCGCUUCCAUUGCUUGCUGCAAUUCCCGGGCUACUAUUCCAGAUUCAGAUGGUGUGGCAGCGAAUUUGACAGCCGGAGGAUUCACUUCCGGAUUGAAUUUAUACAGUAGUGUAUUUCUCGAAGAAUUGGAUGUUACCAGAUCAGACUUCCCAGCUGAUUUUACUUUUGGAGUCGCUACCUCUGCUGGACAGACUGAAGGGUCAGCCAGAGAAGGAGGGAGAGGACCAAGUACAUGGGAUCAUCGCGUUGAUAUACUGCCAGAUGCAAUUAUAAACAGCGACAAAUUUUCUACAGCAAUUGAUUCAUAUAGACUAUACAAGGAAGAUAUUAAGAUUAUCAAGGAACUCGGAGUAAAUUCGUACCGCUUCUCCAUCUCCUGGAGUAGGAUAUUACCAAAGGGAAGCUUGAGUGGGGGAAUUAAUCAAGAGGGUGUUGAUCACUAUAACAGCUUGAUUGACGAAUUGAUCAGAAAUGGUAUCAAACCUUUCGUGACGAUUUUACACUCUGACUUUCCACAAGCUCUGGAGGAGAAGUAUGGUGGUUACUUGAACCAUUCAUUCGUGAAUGAUUUUAAAGACUACAGUGAAAUUUGCUUCAAAUCAUUCGGAGAUAGAGUUAAAAAUUGGUUCACAGUCAAUGAGCCAACAGUUUCUGCAGUUUACGGGUAUGAACUUGGGAUCGCUCCACCUGGGAAGUGUUCACUCAAGGAAGGAGUUUGUGUGUUUGGGUCUCCAGAGAACUGUUUAGUCCCGGCAGGUCCAUGCAAUUUUGGUGGUGAUUCUAGCACAGAACCUUACAUUGUAGCCCACAACCAAAUUCUUGCUCAUGCCACCGCGGCUAAGCUCUACAAAGAAAAAUACCAAGCACAACAAAAGGGUGAGAUUGGAAUUGUCCUUGCUUCUAAAUACUACGUGCCUCUUUCCGAAUCACAUGAAGAUAAAAUUGCAGCAGAACGACUGUUCGACUUCAACCUAGGAUGGUUUAUGGAACCAUUUGUAUAUGGAGAUUAUCCCAAGAGUAUGAAAGAGUCGGUGAAGGAAAGACUACCUAGUUUUUCUGCACAAGAGAAAAGUUUGAUCAAGGGAUGUCUAGAUUUUGUUGGAAUUAAUUACUACACAUCAACUUAUGCUAGACAUAAGACACCACCACCAUUCGAACAAUUGCGCUAUUCUUUGGAUGUAUCAGCCGAAGAAACAGGUAUGAAGGAUGGAGUUUUUCUAGGCAUGGACCGAGAAGGGCACUGGCCGGAAGGGCUGCAGAAACUGAUGGAGUAUAUAAAGGAAAAAUAUCAAAAUCCAAAAAUCUACAUCUCCGAAAAUGGACUUUUUACAAUAAGGAACGAUGAACUUUCACUUGCUGAUCAAUUGAAGGACCCAGAACGAAUUUCAUUUAUUGUUCGUCAUUUGUAUCGUCUCGACAAAGCAAUUAAGAACGGGGUAAACGUGAAAGGAUACUUCUACUGGUCUCUCUUCGAUGACUUUGAAUGGGGAAUGGGGUUUUUGCAUAGGUAUGGGCUAUACUAUAUCGAUUUCGAUCACAAUAACAGGCGCAUCCCCAAGCAGUCUGCUGAGUGGUUCAAAGCUUUCCUUCAAAGUGAUCAUGUGACUCGAGCUAGCAGCUAAUUAGUAUGUGCAUGGUUACAUUGAUUGUACCAACUUCUUGGCAUAUAAUUGUAUCAUUUACGUAGGUACAUAAAGUGUGUGUAUUCCUAGUAAUAAAACUUUAGAUUUCAUGAUCCAACUAUUCAUUUGUUUUUCAACUCACGUGUAAAUAAUCAAGUUCUUCAUAUGCAAUAACAU